AUGGACACUUUCCUAUUUACUUCUGAGUCUGUGAAUGAGGGACACCCUGAUAAGCUCUGUGAUCAGAUUUCUGAUGCAGUGCUUGAUGCCUGCCUUGAGCAAGAUCCUGACAGCAAAGUUGCCUGUGAGACUUGCACCAAGACCAACAUGGUCAUGGUCUUUGGAGAGAUUACAACCAAAGCCAAAGUAGACUAUGAGAAAAUUGUACGUGACACCUGCCGUACGAUUGGAUUUGUUUCAGAUCAUGUUGGCCUUGAUGCUGACAACUGCAAGGUCUUGGUUAACAUUGAGCAACAGAGCCCUGAUAUCGCUCAGGGUGUCCAUGGCCACCUCACCAAAAGGCCUGAGGAAAUUGGUGCUGGAGACCAGGGUCACAUGUUUGGUUAUGCCACUGAUGAGACCACUGAGCUUAUGCCUCUAAGCCAUGUCCUUGCUACCAAGCUUGGUGCCCGUCUCACCGAAGUUCGCAAGAAUGGGACCCUGCCAUGGUUGAGACCCGAUGGCAAAACACAAGUCACUGUUGAAUACUACAAUGACCAUGGGGCUAUGGUUCCAAUCCGUGUCCACACUGUUCUCAUUUCUACUCAGCAUGAUGAAACUGUUACUAAUGACGAAAUUGCUACCGACCUCAAAGAACAUGUCAUUAAGCCUGUUGUUCCUGCGAAGUACUUAGAUGAGAAGACUAUUUUCCAUCUUAACCCAUCAGGUCGGUUUGUCAUCGGUGGGCCUCACGGUGAUGCAGGUCUCACUGGCCGCAAAAUCAUCAUUGACACCUAUGGUGGUUGGGGAGCCCAUGGUGGUGGUGCCUUCUCUGGCAAGGACCCUACCAAGGUAGACAGGAGUGGUGCCUACAUUGUUAGGCAGGCUGCUAAGAGCAUUGUUGCCAGUGGUCUUGCUCGCAGGUGCAUAGUGCAGGUCUCAUAUGCCAUCGGUGUUCCUGAGCCACUAUCAGUGUUUGUUGACAGUUAUGGCACGGGAAAAAUUCCGGACAAGGAGAUUCUGAAAAUAGUAAAGGAGAGCUUUGAUUUCAGGCCUGGAAUGAUUGCCAUAAAUUUGGAUCUCAAGAGGGGUAGGUAUUUGAAAACAGCUGCUUAUGGACACUUUGGUAGAGAUGAUCCUGACUUUUCAUGGGAAGUGGUGAAGCCCUUGAAGUGGGAAAAGCCUCAAGAGUAA